AUGCCCAGAUCUUGUAAAAAUCGGGCUGACAAAAUUUUUGGCAAACUGACCUUAAAGAGAUGUAGACGAAGAUUGACACCACAUGUGAAAAAAUUGUAUGAGUUAUACUUUGGUUGCAAAUUCAGCGACCAGGACAAGAACUGGGUGCCUCAUGGAUGCUGUGUGAAGUGUGCUAGUUCAGUAUCAUCAUGGCUAAACAGGACUGGUGGAGGACCAACAUUUGGGGUGCCUAUGGUGUGGCGUGAACCCCAAAAUUAUUGUACAGAUUGCUAUUUCUGUUCUGUCAACAUCUCAGGUCACAAUUCUAAGGUCUACCCACGCAGAGCUAUAGUCUACCCAAAUCUAUCUUCAGCUAUUUGUCCUGUUCCUCAUUUGGCCAAACUUCCUGUUCCUCUAUCAGAAAUCCCAAACACAUACAGUUCUGAUUUAGAUGAGGAUACUGAUGAUAAAAGUUACGAGUUGUCAGAAGAUGCAAACCGUGAACCCCACUUCAUAACAGGAUCUGACCUGAAUGAUCUUGUUCAAUAUUUGUAUUUAACAAAGCAACAGAAUGAAGUGCUUGUUUCCCGUCUUCAGCAGUGGCAUCUGUUGGCUGGUGAUGUUAGAGUCUCGUCAUUUAGAAAGCGAUUCAGAGAACUGCAGCAAUACUUUUCUAUGCUUCUGUAA